AUCCAUCGUCUCGUCAAUAACUGUUUACGGGAAGAACUGGCUGGACCAGUACAUGCCCUCCGUAUCGACGCCUACGCCACAUCACAGUUCAGUAGUAAAUCACCAAGGGCUUCAUCACCAAAAUGCGCUCAUAUUCAUACAAAACGUUUUCCCGAAUAG